AUGGAGACAAUUUUGGAGCAGCAACGACGAUAUCAUGAAGAGAGGGAGCGAUUGAUGGAUGCAAUGGUAAAGGAGAUGUUGCAUAAAAAAGCGGGACAUCGUGAAAAUAUCAAUUCGGAGCAUAGGCUAAAAAUGCUACUCGAUCAAUAUACAGACAGUACAACUCACUUGCAAGAUUUGUAUGAAGAUAAAGAUGGACAGAGAAAGGAAGAGGUACAAGCCCUCUCUGGUCCAAAUGAAUUCUCAGAAUUUUACUCACGUUUGAAGUCUAUAAAAGAAUUCUAUCGACGACAUCCUAAUGAAAUCAGUGUUCCUAUGUCUGUCGAAUUUGAAGAAUUGGCUAAGAUGAGAGAGAAUCCAACAGAAGAGUUGUCCAAUCUUGUUGAAUUUACAGAUGAGGAAGGUUAUGGAAAAUAUCUUGAUCUUCAUGAAUGUUACCAGAAAUAUAUUAAUCUUAAGGGGAUAGAAAAGAUUGACUACAUAACUUAUCUGUCAACAUUCGAUCAUCUAUUUGAUAUUCCCAGAGAAAGAAAGAAUGCAGAAUAUCAAAGAUACGUUGAGUCUCUGCUAGGAUAUUUGACAGAUUAUCUAAGCAGAGUAAGACCUCUGUUGGAUGUAAGCACAGAGAUCGAAGAAGCCAAUAAGGAUUUUCAGAAUCAUUGGGAGAAAAACACAUUUCCCGGCUGGCCGAAGGAAGCUGGAAGCGCUCUGACUCACGUAGGAGCACACUUGGAGCUGUCUGCGUUUUCAUCUUGGGAAGAACUAGCAUCCCUUGGUUUGGACAGAUUGAAGUCCGCUCUGAUGGCGUUGGGUCUUAAGUGCGGAGGUACGCUCGAGGAACGUGCUCAAAGACUCUUCAGCACGAAGGGCGAAGCUUCCUUGGACCCCAAUCUGUUGGCUAAGAAUCGAAAGGGGAAGUCAGCCAAAGGCAGAGAUUCCGAGAAGCAAAAGGAGAUCGCGCGCCUCGAGUCCCACGUGUACAGACUCGCGGAAUUAGUGUCUGGUCAACGAGUAGCCACGAAAGAAAACGUGCAGAGGAAGCAAGCAAGAACCGAAGGCGAGAGAGGAGAUUCCGACGCGGAGGCGAGCGCGAGCGAGUCGGAAGAGGAAGACGACAAUGAGGUGCCAUACAAUCCGAAGAAUCUACCCUUGGGGUGGGAUGGCAAGCCAAUACCCUAUUGGCUGUACAAGCUGCACGGUUUGAACAUUAGUUACAACUGCGAGAUCUGCGGUAAUUUCACGUACAAAGGUCCGAAGGCAUUUCAGAGACACUUCGCGGAAUGGAGACACGCGCAUGGCAUGCGUUGUCUCGGCAUCCCGAACACCGCGCAUUUCGCCAAUGUCACUCAGAUCGAAGAUGCUCUUGCUCUGUGGGAUAAGCUCAAGGCUCAGAAACAGGCCGAGCGUUGGCAGCCGGAGCAGGAAGAAGAAUUUGAGGAUUCGCUGGGCAAUGUAGUCAACCGCAAAACGUACGAAGAUCUUAAGAGGCAAGGUCUACUGUAAAAUGCGCAAAAGUAUUUUCGGCGUUGCAACAAUCACGAUUUUCAGUUAUCAGCUGCACGCUUUUUGUAAUCAUUUCCCAUUCUCUUUUGUAAUCCUAAUAAAGAGUUUAAUCAUUGACGAGAUGUCUCAUCGAAUCAAUGCGUAAUCGAUUUGAUAACAAGAGAGUCCCGCAAUUACUGCCGCUUUCUCGCUACUGUACGUGUUCUUCUCUCAUUUGUUGCAUUCACUUCAGAUUAUACAUUAAUGAAUGAUUAUAGAGACUAGGUCGCAUGUGAAUAUGGAAUAUUUAAUAAACCUUUUAUUUGUUUGGUAAUCUAUCAGAUAGUCAAUGUAUCACCAUGUCGGCGAAUAUUACAUUUGGAAGGAACAGUCAAUAUACAUGAAAGCGCAUUAAUUGUGAUCACACAUUCAUUUUAUAUCUCAAUGACAAUCGGGUAUCUCAGGUGGUUGCGGCGCGUAUAAUAUCGAUGUCCACAUCUGUCGCCAAUAAUCCUCAUGCAGAAAAUAUAAAAAAGUAAUUCUCUGGAUUUGCUGUUUAUAUUGGACAAUUAAGGCUUCUUUUAAGGAACAUACAUCGCGGAAUUAAAUAUCUUUACGUAUGCAUUCCAAACAACGUUUUAUUCCGACAUCAUAAAAUUUCCUAUAUAUAUCGUCCAGAAUAAACGAAAUUUCCGAUGACUAGUUUUAUCUUUUUUUUUUUUUUCCAUAUGGAAUGUUGAUUCGCGCAUCAACACACAUAUCAUUGUUCUAUUUAUAUUUCACAAGUAGAGCUCUUUAAAUGUCUCGCAUCACUGAUUUUUCCACAAGACUUAUGUAUUGUUAACGCUAAUUGUAGACAGAAAGUGCGUGCAUAAAAUGCAAGCACAUUAAGUAGUUACAAAUGAACGGAAAAGUACCGUGUGCGAACAAUAUAAAGAGACGGUUGACUCGUCUGCAUUGCGAAUAGAUA